AUGCCCUUAUAUUUGCUUUUUGGGUUUUUUUUGCUUUUUUCUUUCUGUGCGCCUGCCGACGCCCUGGCACCCGGAUCGAGCCGAGUUGAGCUGUUUAAGCGGCAAAAUUCGACGGUGCCAUUUGAAGAGAACGGUAAAGUCACCGAACGGGUUGUCCACUCGUUCCGCCUCCCCGCUCUUGUUAAUGUGGACGGGGUGAUGGUUGCCAUCGCGGACGCCCGCUACGACACAUCCAAUGACAACUCCCUCAUUGAUACGGUGGCGAAGUACAGCGUGGACGGCGGGGAGACGUGGGAGACCCAAAUUGCCAUCAAGAACAGUCGUGUAUCGUCUUUUUCGCGUGUGGUGGAUCCCACAGUGAUUGUGAAGGGCAACAAGCUUUACGUCCUGGUUGGAAGCUACAAUAUAUCAACUAACUACUGGAUGUGGCAUGGUGAUGCGAGCGACUGGGAUAUUCUGCUUGCCGUUGGUGAGGUCACGAAGUCCACCGUGGAUGGCAAUACAACUGUGAGUAUCAAAUGGGGGAGCCCCGUCCCAGUGAAGGAAUUUUUCCCUCGGGAAAUGGAAGGAGUGCCCACAAAGCAAUUUCUUGGCGGUGCGGGUGUUGCCACUCUGGCGUCCAACGGGAAUCUUGUGUACCCUGUGCAGGUUACGAACGUGAAGGGACAAAUUUUCUCCAAGAUCUUCUACUCGGAAGAUGAUGGCAAGACGUGGAAGUUUGGGAAGGGUAGGAGCGCUUUUGGCUGCUCUGAACCUGUGGCCCUUGAGUGGGAGGGGAAGCUCAUCAUAAACACUCGAGUUGACCGGGCACGCCGCCUGGUGUACGAGUCCAGUGACAUGGGGAAUACGUGGGUGGAGGCUGUCGGCACGCUCUCACGUGUGUGGGGCCCCUCACCAAAAUCGGACCAGCCCGGCAGUCAGAGCAGCUUCACUGCCGUGACCAUCGAAGGAAUGCGUGUGAUGCUCUUCACACACCCGCUGAAUUUUAAGGGAAAGUGGCUGCGCGACCGACUGAACCUCUGGCUGACGGAUAACCAGCGCAUUUAUAACGUUGGGCAAGUAUCCAUUGGUGAUGAAAAUGCCGCCUACAGCUCCGUGUUGUACAUGGAUGAUAAGCUGUACUGUUUGCAUGAGAUCAACACGGACGAGGUGUACAGCCUUGUUUUUGCGCGCCUGGUUGGCGAGCUAAUGAUUAUUAAAUCCGUGCUGCAGUCCUGGAAGACGUGGGACAGCUACCUGUCCAGCAUUUGCACCCCUGCUGAUCCAGCCGCUUCGUCGUCCAAGCGUGGUUGUGGUCCCCCUUUCCCAACGGCUGGUCUUGUUGGUUUCUUGUCCCACAGUGCCUCCCAAAACGUAUGGGAGGAUGCGUACCGCUGCGUCAACGCAAGUAUAAAUCAUGGAACAAAUUUGACGCGGGGCUUUAAAUUUGAAGGAAGGAAUGCCGGGGCACUGUGGCCGGUGGGAAAGCAGGGACAGAAUCAACGGUAUCGUUUUGCAAAUCACAGAUUCACGCUGGUGGCCCUCGUAUCUAUUCACAAGGUUCCGAGAAGUACCAGGCCAUUGGUGGGUGCGAGUCUGGAUGGUUCUGGUUACAGAAAACUCCUGGGACUGUCGUACGACAAGGAACAGCGGUGGGUCCCAACGUUUGGGCGAGCGGCUUCUUCUCCAACGGGAUCUUGGGAGCUGAACAAGACAUACCACGUGGUACUUGCGUUUGAGGAAGGCGUCGGCUAUAUUUACGUUGAUGGAGAACCAUUGCGUGGCUCGGGGCAACGGCUUACAAGCGUCCAGUUGAAGAGUAUGGAAAUCUCACACUUCUCUAUUGGUAGUUACGGAACCAGCGACAGAGGCACGGACUCUCAAAUAACGGUGACGCAUGUCCUCUUGUAUAACCGCAGAAUUGAACCGAGUGAGGUUCAAACACUCUUUCUGGGCAUAAGCAAGAUUGUGGCGACCUCUGAGAGCAUGGCCAACGAAAUGGUCAUCCAAAAGAUGAUGUUGGAUGCGUCUGAACGAGGCAGCAUUUUCUCCCGAAUCGAUACGUUGUUUCUGUUGACUCUGCUCUUGCUGCUAUCAAUAAGUUAG